AUGCCGGCGCCGUUCAACCUCGCCGUCUUCUCGACGAAGUCCUACGACCGCGAGUACCUGACCCGCGCGCAGCGGUCCUCCCCCUCGGCCCAGAUCGCCGCCGUCACGCUCACCUUCCACGACGUACCGCUCAACCCGGACACGGCGCCGCUGGCGCGCGGCGCCGACGCGGUGUGCAUCUUCGUCAACGACGCGCUGCCGGCGGCGGUGCUGGAGACGCUGGCGGCGCUGGGCGUGCGCGCCGUGCUGCUGCGCUGCGCCGGCUUCAACAACGUCGACCUGGCCGCGGCCGAGGCGCUGGGCCUGUGGGUCGCGCGCGUGCCCGCCUACGCGCCCGAGGCCGUCGCCGAGUUCGCCCUCGCCCUGCUGCAGACCGUCAACCGCAAGACCCACCGGGCCUACAACCGCGUGCGCGAGGGCAACUUCAGCCUCGACGGCCUGAUGGGCCGCACCCUGUGCGGCAAGACCGUCGGCAUCGUCGGCACCGGCAAGAUCGGCAUCGCCAUGGCCCGCAUCCUGAAGGGCUUCGGCUGCCGCCUGCUGGCCGCCGAUCCGUUCCCCACGGACGCGUUCAGGGAGUAUGGGGAGUAUGUCGAGCUCGGCGAGUUGCUGGCGCAGAGCGACUAUGUCAGCUUGCACUGUCCGCUGACGGAGCAGACGAGGCACAUCAUCAACGCCGAGACGCUGGGGAAGAUGAAGAAGGGCGCCGUGCUGGUGAACACGUCGCGCGGCGGGCUGGUGCACACGGAGAGCGUGAUCGCGGCGCUCAAGAGCAAGCAUCUCGGCGGGCUGGCGCUGGACGUGUAUGAGGGCGAGGGCGGCCUGUUCUACCAGGACCACAGCGGCGACAUCAUCCAGGACGACCAGCUGAUGCGGCUGACGACGUUCCCCAACGUGCUGCUCUGCGGGCACCAGGCCUUCUUCACCGAGGAGGCGCUCACCGAGAUCGCCGAGUGCACCCUGCGGAACCUCGACAACUUCCUGAAUCGCGUGCCGUGCCCGAACGCGCUGGUCAGGGAGGGACACUUGCUGGUCCGGCGGGACUCGCUGCCUGUGCGCAUCUGAUGUGGACACGGUGGGACAGCGCUACGUUCUGCGGCGAUGAUGCGAGUAUUGCGCUCGAGUGGCAUAUUCCGGCCUUUUCUUAUACCCUUCUUGAUGACAGUAGGCUUGUGUCGUAGACAGCCGCCCCAACCGGAAUAUUGGGGAUGAUUAGGGAGGUACUCGCGCACUCGUUGAUGUAGAAAGUCACCACCCCAUGUACACUACAACGUGGUGCGGUGGCGGACUAGCUACUGGCAGAGGCAGGAGAGGAGCCGCUCACUGGGCGCGAGGUUGUAUCUCUCCUUCAAGUCGAGCUAUCCUAACAGCUCCAUGCAACCAGCAGCUUGUGUGGUUUGCCCGAAGACCAG